UAGUUUACUUUGCCUUGAUGCAGCCGUCGCUAGCUAAACAAACAUGGCUCUGAUACAUUACCAGACAACGGACCUUCAUGAUACGUAGGCUUAUGCGGCGAUUAAUAAGAAAUGUGCCAAAUAUGAAGCUGUAGAUGGCGAGCUGAUGUAUUAUUUAGUUGGUUAGCUUUAGUGUAGCCCUUUUGUGACCGUGUUUACACACUGCUAGCCCUCCAGUGGGCUAAUGUAAGCUAGCAAAAUGGACCUUGGAACAAUGUUGUACAAUAAUCUGAAGGAUGUUACAUGGAGCACGACGUCUUUACCAUUAGAUCAACUCGUCAGUGCUUAUAGGAUGCCUCAGAUUGUCAAGCUGGAUAACGGUCAGUUGGUUGAAGGGCUCAGAGACAAUGACUACCUCUUGAUUCAUUCCUGCCGUCAGUGGACGACUAUUACUGCUCACAGUCUGGAGGAGGGACACUAUGUCAUUGGGCCCAAAAUAGAGAUCCCAGUGCACUAUGAAGGUCAGUUUAAGCUCCUGGAGCAGGACAGAGAUGUCAAGGAGCCUGUGCAGUACUUCAACAGCGUGGAGGAGGUGGCCAAAGCAUUCCCUGAAAGGGUUUACGUCAUGGAAGAAAUUACAUUCAAUGUUAAGAUGGCUUCAGGGGAAUGCAAUGAGGACACUGAAGUUUACAACAUUACACUAAGCACCGGUGAUGAACUGACGUUAAUGGGCCAGGCUGAAAUCCUGUACGCCAAGACCUCCAAAGAAAAAUCAAGGUUCAACACCAUUUUCAAGAAGAUUGGGAAGCUGAACUCCAUCAGUAAGAUCGGUCGAGGCAAGAUGCCUUGCUUGAUCUGCAUGAACCAUCGCACCAAUGAGAGCAUCAGCCUGCCUUUCCAGUGCAAAGGGAGGUUCAGCACCUGUAGUCCACUGGAGCUUCAGAUGCAGGACGGUGAACACACCAUCAGGAACAUUGUGGAGAAAACCCGUCUCCCCGUCAAUGUCACAGUACCCAGCAGUCCACCCCGCAACCAGCACGACCUCCACCUCAUCCGCGAGGGUCAUCGCUACAAAUUGGUCAACAUUCAAACGAAAACAGUGGUCAUGUGCUGCAUUCUGCGGAGCAACAAAAUUAUACCCAUCCAUUUUCCCUUUCACAUGGCCAUGCCGAGAUUUAUUAUUCCAGAGGAACUGGUGCAAGGAGAGUUGUGGCUGGAUACCAUGGUACAUCGCUGGUUCUCCUUCUGCCAGGAGCAGUUUGACAUAGAUGACUAUUCUCGUGCUGUCAGGGAUGUGCGGACAGACUGGAACGAUGAUGGUAAGAGUCCGAAGAAAAGCAGUGGGAAUGGUAGUUGCAGCGGAGGCAGUGGUGGCAGCAGCAGCAGCUCCAACGGGUGUCCCAACCACAUGCAGAUUCCCAGCUCUUUAACUUACGCCCGUGAUGAACUCACCCAGUCCUUCCACCGACUAUCUGUGUGUGUGUAUGGCAGCAACCUGCACGGUAACAGUGAGGUCAAUUUACAGGGCUGUAUGACGCUAUGUGGGGAUUGGGCUCUUCUGCCCUCUGAUAGCGUCCCUUCAGACUCAGGGGAAAGUGAACACUUUUCCCCCGAGCUGUUGGAAAGCACAAACCAACUACCAUCCCUCAGCAAGUCGGACGUUCCCUAUGAGGAGCUGUGGUUGGAUCACUUGAGAGGUCAGAUCCCGAAACCUUCAAUAAGUGAGGGAAUUCGAGGCAUGAACAACGGCUGUGGUACGACAGCAGCCCCGUCUUACCCCGUCACUUGCCCUCUUGGUGCAGUAACCAGUUCAGAUACGUCUCUUACUCCACCACCGGUCCCACCCAAGUCUGAAGCUGUGAAGGAAGAAUGUCGUCUCUUGAAUGCCCCACCAAUUCCUCCACGAAGUUUAAAACAGAUGCCGUCAGUGCCCAUCCUGUCUAAGCCACGGCAGCAAGAGACUCGGUCUCCAAGUCCAACCCUCUCUUAUUAUUCUUCUGGUCUCCACAACAUUAGUGGAGCAUGUGAGCAAGAGGCGGCAGACCCACAAGAGCAUGUGUGCUACCCGUGUAAUUGGGGUAAGUCCAACAGCACUGAGCCAAAUGCUACAUUGCCCAGUGGUAGCCUGCCAUCAGAUGGGAUGUCGUCCAGGUUGUCUUGGCCAAACAACUUCAGUGGAGAAUCGCACUGCAUGGAUGAAUUCCUGCCAGCCGGCUGUCGAAGCUACUACAGUUACCCCAGAAAGAGAUCCCCAAGCACCCCAAAAACCUGUACAUCCAGCCUUGUGGACUUUGAUGGCCGAGAGCACGCUCACUGCAGUAAGGACUUCAGUUUGCAGAAAGCCUCUCUGAGUCAGUUUUGCACCAAAUCUUCAAGUUUCAAUUCAGAAAUGUACAGAGACAAGCCAAUAGAAGAAUCCAACACUAAGCAGAGCCUCUCUUGCCCCAUCUUACCACCGAGAACACCAAAAACAAAUGCCACAAAGACAUGCACAGAUUUACCCCCAGGAUCAAUCUGUGACAGUGAGCAGGAAACUUCAAACUGCUCACUUAUGCAACACGAGCAGGGCACAAAAGAGAUAUGUUCAAUCUCUAACUCAUUAACUCCUAACUGUCCGUCCUUUUCUCCCACUGCACAGUGGCAGCCCCCGUCCAACCUGGCUGGUCUUUCUAUUGAAGAGGUGUCCAAAUCUCUAAGGUUUAUUGGCCUGCCAGACGACAUCGUUUCUCUUUUUGUGUCUGAGAAGAUUGAUGGGAAUUUACUUCUGCAGCUCACUGAGGAGAUUUUGUCAGAAGACUUCAAGCUAAGCAAACUGCAAGUGAAGAAACUCAUGCAGUUCAUACAUGGAUGGAGACCCAAGAUAUAACUAACAGUAUAUGACACUAAAUCCUGUUAUAAAGCAUAGAAAGUCAUGCCUUCGGUAUAUAUGCUAUGCACACCAAGCCACAAAGAGUUUCUUUUUGUAUUAUAUGAAUUUAUUUCCUUGUUACUAUAUUGUGGGGAAGAUAGUUGGGUAAUAUCUCCCAGCCAACUUAAAGUCUGGGACUGCUAUUAACUAACUGAAUGAAAUCAUUUGGCACUUUCAUGAAGACAUUUUCGUGUCAGUUACUUAGUACUUUUUCACCCAAAGUCUACUAGUGUUCAUGUUGUUACAUAAAUCCUAAUUUAAGCCAACAAAUUUAAAAAGCAAACGCUGAUAAAACAUAACAUAAUUAAGAGAUCUGCUUAAUAAGGACAUUACUUCUGUUCUUAAAGGGAAAUAUCACAACAUUUCUGCUAUUUCCAGGAUUUUUAAAGAGCACAAGAACCACAGGAUGGACUAUAGUAUAUGCUGCUUAUUAACCACAUGAAAAAAACCAAUGUAAACAACAUUUACAUUUUAUAGUGGAUACACAGUUUGAAAUUUGGCUGGAUUUGGUUUGUGUUUUUAUUUUAGUAAUAAGCAGCUUAAAUCCCAAACAUGCAAUUAUUUAGUUAUGCAGAUAUACAAUGUACGCACUGUUUUUAGACUCACCGUUUUUAAGAAGUCAGGGAUGUGAUAGAGAAUGCUGCUGCAAGUGCAUUUCUAAACAUGAAUCAAAACAGUGGAUUUAAUUCACUACUGUUGAAUGAAGUCAAGAGCUGCCUACUGCUAACAGGUAUUAAGAUAUACUUGUGUUCUUCUAAAAAUCCACCCAAUUGAGUUUCGUUAAGCUUUAAGCUUGGUCUGCAACAGUGAACACUCACUACUUUUCCAAAUGGAAAUAGCCCAUCAUGAAACCCUUAUCUCUGAGCCUGUGGUAUCACACUGAUGUACAAUUCAUUAGAAAAUGAAUUAGCAAAAGUAAGAUGGGGAGCUACGGCAUUACUGAAUAUGACUUGAUUUUACAGCUCUAAACAGAUAAUAAAAGAAUUUGAUUUUUAAAGACAGGCAUGUUGGAUAAAAACACAAACAUGAGCUUUCAACGUAAACUGAGAAGUAGUUGUCUGUACAUCAAGCUGACAUCAGGCAAGAGUUGGUUUACUGUCUUAUUUUAGAAGAUACAGUGUUGCAUGCAUUUAAACCAACUGGGCUUUGUUGACAGAAAUCCCAUCUGUGAUAUUCUACUUUGUGGAACUACACUCGAAAGAGUGAGCCACAUCAAAUGAUCAUCACGGUCUCUCAUGCAGCAAUAUGUUAUAUUUAUCAUCUCUCCUUACGCAAGGUCUUAUUUCUAUUUGAUGCCUUUUUAAUCUUAAGUCGAAUGAACUAAUUGCUUUACUCUGAAACAUCUCUGCUAAAAAAUAACUUGAGGUUGUUUAUAACUGAAGAACACUGAGGCCUAACAAAACGACGUGCUCCUUACUCUAAAACUAACACGGAAAUAACAAACAGAGAUAAUGGACCAUGACGUUCUACAUAAAAUACAAAUUAUGCAUCAUGCACUUUGGUAGAUUUCAGCCUAAUUAGUUGCAGUUCAGGUCAUUAAAUAUAAACCUAUAAAAGAUUGUCUAUGUAGAUACUAAAUGCACUACAUGCUUUUUCAAAACUAAACUGGUACUUCUCCUUUGUUCUCAUUGUAUGGUAUUGUAUGUGUCUCCUAAUGCAAGAAACAAGUAAAAGAUAGCUUUUCUGCGCCUUAACCCAGAGUCCUUAAAAAUAUAUAAUAUUUCAUUUUGGCUUAACAUUUUCAUUUAGUUAGCCUCUUUUCUUGAGAAUAUACUCCAACAUAAACGUCUCUAUAUGAAAAUUAGGGAAAGAUGUUAAGCGUGUAUUUCCCCUCAGACCCAGAGAGGCACGUAAGCUGCAAUUGAAAAUGAUCUGCGAAAAUGAAAUAUUGGUUUAUAUUGGUACCAAACAUUUUAUUUUUUCCUACCGACUAUCCGAUUCAGAUUUAUUUAUGCAGCUAUUUAACUCAUUUAACAUAAUGCAAAAAUAUGCAGCGUAGUUAUUGUCAGACUGUUUGUGCGGCUGAUAUAUGAAGGUGCCUCAGCAACAACAGCCUUUCUACAACCCAGGUCUGAUCUGUUGGCCAACAGCUGUUUUUUUUCCCCUCUGACACUUUUUGCAGUGGGGUGUUACAUAUUUUACUUGAUAUUUUUAUUUUUUAUGUAAGUGCAAAUUUAAUGUAAUUUUUUAAAGAAGUGAUUACUAAUGUUGAAAUUAUUUUUAUUGAAAAAAAAAAAAAACGAAGAAAAAGCUUAUGUUCAAAUUUUUCUGGUUUUUUUUUGGUAUUCUGUACAACUUGAGUUCUACUUGGGUUUACAAAUCCAUGCAUUAAAAUAACACUUAGUCACGAGUUAAAAAAAAUACCUGCAAAUCUGUCACACUACAUGGACAGUGGCCAAAAAAUAAUAAGACGCUUGUCCAAGUUUCCAAGAUCAAGAUGUGCAACUUUGUCACAGUAUCCACAUUUUAUAUGGGGAAUGACAGGUGACACUAUUAUUAUGUGGUGGUUAAUGUCCUAUGCAACAGCCAUGGCACUGCAAAGAGAAUCAGUAAAGGAACAGCAAAAGGCAAUGGAGUAUUAUGUGUAUCGGAAUUGCCGGAGUGUUCAUUUCAGGGGAAUAAAAAAUUGUGCAUGCCAAAAUAUAAUUUUACCUGAAUAAUUCUGAGAUAUAAACUGUGAACAACAACUGACCUAGUCCCAUGUCUAUCAACUCUGGAGCGAAGACUACAUGAAUUAUUGCCAUUGUGACACUGCGUUGGAAAGCAUCUGGGAUAGUAUUCAGCAAUACUGAAAUCUUGAGUUAUGGACAGUUGUCUCUUGUUUCCUUAUUUUUGAUUGUAUAAUCUAUUAAAAUGGAUUAACAGAU